AUUACCCCCCAAAGACAAGAAUUUCAACUACGAUUUGACCUUAAACAAAGAAAGUUCUAUAGUACUAAAACACAUAGUAUAAUUAAACCAUAAUUUAAGAUUUAGGAACAAUCAGCAAUGUCAAAGUUUCAAGGAUGUAAAAGAUGCAAUUUAUCCUUGUGUUAGAUAUUUCCUAUAGAAGAAAAAAAAAAUUAAAAAAUUAAAAAUCAGAGGGAAAAAAAAAAGUCAAUGAAGGACAGCGAGUUGACCAUUGUAAUUUAGAAGAAGCCCCAAAAAAGGGAAGUAAGGAAGACACGAUCACAGCUUAUCAAUCAACCAUCUUCGUUUUCAACGGCACCUCUCUAGUUGUUUCGUUCCUUUGGAAUCAGUCAUCCAUCUGUCUUUGAAAUUUCAAACUUCCGUACAUCUUUCAAAAAACAACAAACCAAAAAAACAGCAUCUUCUGCUCCCAAGAAACCAGAGAGGAGGGGGGAAAAAAAAAUCUGGAAUCAUACCUCAUCAAAGAUCCUUCCUUUUUUUUCCCCCUUUUCUUGUCUCUGCAAACCCGAGCUCUUUCCAUCUUUCUCUUUGUCCAAUUUCAGCUAAUUUUGUGGUCUGGGUUGGGGUUUGGAGGGAGAGAUUGAUCGAUUUUCGGUGGUUAAAAUUCCAGGAGAUGGAGAUUAGGGGGGUGAAAAUCUCCGAUGAAUUGUUGGGGACCUUUGCGCCAAUUGUGGUGUAUUGGGCAUAUUCGGGGAUGUAUAUGAUGUUGGGUGGUUUGGAUAAUUAUAGGUUACAUUCGAGGAAAGACGAGGAUGAAAAGAAUUUGGUGCCCAAAAGGGUUGUUUUCAGAGGGGUCCUUCUUCAGCAGGCCGUUCAGGCCAUCGUUGCCACCCUCCUUUUUGCCGUUACCGGCAAUGGCGAAGUUGAAGGAGAUCAACAGCAUUCUCUUCUUGUUCUUGCAAGGCAGUUCUUCACAGCAAUGGUGGUUUUAGAUACAUGGCAAUAUUUCAUGCACCGUUAUAUGCACCAGAACAAGUUUCUCUAUCGGCAUAUCCAUUCCCAACACCAUAGACUUGUUGUACCAUAUGCUUUCGGGGCUCUUUACAACCACCCACUUGAGGGCCUCAUUCUUGACACAGUUGGCGGGGCUUUAGCUUUUCUCUUCUCAGGCAUGUCCCCGAGAGCUUCCAUUUUCUUCUUCUCCUUUGCAACAAUUAAAACGGUUGAUGACCAUUGUGGUCUAUGGUUGCCUGGAAACCUUUUUCAUAUUUUCUUCCGAAACAACUCUGCCUACCAUGAUGUUCAUCAUCAGCUCUACGGUACCAAGUAUAACUAUUCUCAGCCAUUCUUUGUUACUUGGGAUAAAAUAUGUGGUACAUACAUGCCUUAUUCCCUUGAGAAGAGGGAGGAUGGUGGUUUUGAAGCUAGACCUACCAAAGAUUACAAGGAGGAAUGAGUCCAUUGUGUACUACAUUUCUGUACCACUGCAGUUUUUAGUUCGUGUGAAAUGCUCUAUUACCUACUCAACUUGUAGAUAUCUAUACUUAGAUAUGAUGUUGUAUAAUCGUUUUUCAGUCUAUACGUACAACAUAUUUAGAGAAUAAAGGAAAUGGAAAAAGUUCAGUAGAAAUAUAUACAUUUUGUAGGUGGUUUUACAGUGUAAUCUAAGAGCUUGGAUGUCCCAGAUUCUCAAGUCCUUUUUGUUGUUUGCCUUGUAUAAUAUUAUUUUACUCUUUUUUCCUUCCUGGUCUGGCAAUUAUUAAUAUAUAGACUCCAGCAAUUCUGUUCUUCCUGUAGUUACAUAAGAUUUCAAAUGCAUUGUACUAGUUUUACAAUGUUCAUCAUGCUCUUAGGGCCUCAGGCAGAUGAAAUCAAUCAAUCAUUGGUGCUUGUGGUUCUCUCAGGAAUGCACAUGUAGCCAGAGCCUUCAGAAAGGACAAAGAAUAUUUUACAUCCUUACUGAUUGCUGGUAUUGUUAGCAUUCUUGGCAGGGAAUGUUUGCUAAUCCCAAUGUUGUUUAGGGGUGUGUGAACAUGCUGUUAUGGUCUCUUGGUCUUCUAUGUUGGGAAAAAGCCAAUGCUCAGAUCAAUCUGUGGCAUAACAGGUUAAAAUUAUGGUGUUACAAUCGAUGCUAUUGUUUACAUGGUGAUUUCUGUAUAUGUCUCUUCCUCGUGUCUAUUUCCAUCAAGGAGGUUAGAGGUCAGUUUCCAUUGCUUUUCUUAAUUAUUCCAUGCUUUCAGUUUCAACAACAUAAUUUAUGCACAUUAUUCCGAUUAAGGACCAGUUUUAUGUCAAAUGACAAACAUGCUUACAACCUAGUUGUUUGGAUUUACAAAUGCAUUCCUGAAUUGAACCUUUUUUCAGUAAAGCAGAAUGUUCUUUUUUAAGUUUUUUUUUUUUCACUUGCCUUACUCCUUCUGGACCGCUAUGAAUUUUGAAAGUUACUGGUAUCUCAAGGGUCCAUGAAAACGAAGCAGCCUUAUCUGAAGCUCAAUUUGUUUUCAUGCUGAAUUCAGAACCCUGGCAGCAUAAUUUAAUUUAAUAGCCCUUUUCCCAUCCCUUUUUUUUUUUUGUCAACAAAGGU